GAAAGUGAAGAGAGGCAGGAAAAGAUGGUGCGAGCGGAGAUCGACACCGGCGCCCCUUUUCGGUCCGUCAAAGAGGCCGUCUCCCUCUUCGGCGACAAACUCCUCUUCGGGGACAUCUCCUCCACCAAGCCUCUUGAGCAGGGCGGAGAGAGCGGCAAAACACGAGUGGAAACCUUAGAAGCCGAGCUCCAAGAAACAAAGGAAAACCUGAGGAAGGCCUUGGAAGAGAACAAAGCUCUUUCGCAGCUUACUAAAACCCUAACCGAAGAGCUCGAGACUACCAAGACAGAUCUCAAUGCCCUCGUCGAAGCCAAACCCAGAAGAGAGUCUCGCCAAUGCACCGAGACCAUGACGUCGAGGGAUAUAACCGAGACGAACCCUCUGAUCCAAGAAGAAGAUAUCGGAAAACGCGAUAUCGAGAGGAGGCGAUCGGUAAAGUUCGCAAACCCGCCGCUGUUGACGAAGGUCAUCGUGGAAGAGACACAUAAUAAGAAUCAGCUCAUUGUCAAGAAGAAUACGAAGAAGAUGAAACCACUCGUUCCUCUCGCAGGGUGGCUCUUCGCCAAGAACAGGCCCAAUAAUUAACACAUAUAUACUAAUUCUAUUUUGAAGUAUAACAUCCAUGCAAAUUCACAUGUGACGAAAUAAAUACGAACUUUGAUACUUGUAACGUUUGAGAUAUAUACGUUUUUUCAAAUGUCUA